UUGCGAUUAGUUAAUUAAAAAAAGUAUAGUAAACGCGUAGCUAAUAAGAACGCAAUAAAUUAAAAUUACAUUCCCACGUAUAUAUAAAUUCCGACGAAUGUAUGUACAUGUAGCGCGAAGUAAUGCACAGAAGUCGGCCUCGAUGCCUCGAGUCUGAAAAGAAGAAGGGGUAGGAGGUGGUCACUAGCCAGCCCUCCUCUCGCACUGAUAAGAAAACGUCGCGCGUAGAUGGGUAUAGAACUCGCGCGAUAAUAACCACCGUGCCACGCCGCGUGGCGAUUUUACUACUCCCAUACUUUUCCCCAACAUGAUUCGCGCUGCUCCUACCACCGCAUGAGGGGCACCGACUCUCCCCUCUUGAAUCACCACUCCGCUUGCGAUCACAGUUCGAAUUGGUCAUUCUCUCUCUUUCUUUCUCUGUUCUAUUUUACCCCUAUUCUUUCUCUCUCUCUCUCUCUCGCGCUCUCUUUUCCUCUCUUUCUCGCUCUCGUUCUCGUCCUACUCUUCGACCUAUUCACUCCCCCUCUUCAUCUUUCCUUGUCUGUGCAUUCGUUCUCGCGGUAUCUUCGUCUCGCCUUCGUUCACUCGGGCAGCUCGCUAGGAACUCCGAUCGCUUCGGCCAUCCGCUGAGGCCGCAAUUGCUCGCUCAUUUUCCGUCUCUCUCGUUUAUUCUCCUUCUGUUUCUUUUCCCCUUUUGUUUUACCGUCUUUUCUCUAGCUCUGUUCCUCUACCUUUCAUUCCAACUCUUUUCCUCCUCUUGCUUCGUUUGCUCUAUGUACAUGAUAUACAUGAGCCUCGCUCCCGAUCAUAGAGCAGUGGCGCGAGUUCUCGUACAGCCAGCAAAAGUCCGGAUCUUAAUUUUCGUCUAGUCGCCGAUCGCGGUGUACACACAGCAUCUCUCGAUCGCUCUUCUCAUCUUCCGUGCGCGGCAACGAAAGGACAACGCGUGAAUCCUCCGUAGGUGAGAAUGUCGUAGUCGCAGUCAUCCUCGUCGAGUAAAGUGCCAAGUCUCUCUUAUAGUGCGAAUUCCAGAUUGAAAAGCAGCUGUCAAACUAGAAGCGGGAACGCAACGAAGGAUAAGCACCAAGUGAUCUCAAGAAAACUACUAUAAUCACGAGAUGAAGAGGAGGAGCGACGACGAUGGCAAACCUGUGGCCAAAUACCGGCACCGCGAAUACGUUUUGAUCGGAUAUGUCGGGGCCACGGAACCAGCGUCGCAGUCCACCAGGGAGGCAAUUGUUAAACAGGAGGAGGGGGACAAAGCAGUGGCGGUGACGGCGAUAAAGAGCGAGGACGUCAUCGGACACGAAGUCGGCCAGCAGCAGGAGCAACAGCAGCAGCAGCAACAACAGCAACAGCUGGCAUUUGUGGCGACUGAAGAGACUGAAGAGGAGGACAGCGGUGUGGGCGUGCUGGAGGCGGGACAGCCGGAAAUGGAAAAUGGCGCCAUGGUUGAACCAACCGGUGCCGAAGCAGUCGCUAUUGCGGUCGCCGCCGUCGCCGCUGCUGCCGACGAUCAUGCCAAUGAGGAUCCCAAUACUACUUAUACCCUUCACGAGCUCGACUAUCAUCCUACACACAUUAUUCAUGAGAGUUUCGGGGGCGGUGAUAUGAGGGAGGAGCAGCAGCCGCAGCAACAGGUUUCGCAGUCGCCCCACCAACCACAUCAUCAUCAACAGCAUGACGCACACCACCAUCAUCGUCAACAGCAGCAGCCGUCGCAACACCAUCACCAACAGGCGCAACAGUAUGUUCAGCUUGGGGCGAGAGAGGUCCCGGUUCCCGAGGGAGGGGAUAACCGGCACCCGACGGAGGCCUCCAUCGCGCCGGAGGGACGCCGUGCUGGCAGUCACAUGCCUCACUCCACGAUGCAUCGUUACGGAACCGAGACACUCUCACCAACCACAACGGACCACCAUCACCAUCAACAACAGCAGCAUCAUCAUCAUUUAUCCGAGGUGCAUCAGCAUACCGCUCUAUCAGCCGUCGCUCACCGUCAUCUAGAGGAUCCGCAGCAACAUCAAGAAACUGACGAGGACGUGGAUCGAGGGGUGAGCAGCAUCACCGCGGCCAUGAGAGGUGCACGGGGUGAUUAUUUAGGUGUACUCUUCCCGAAUCUCACUUCGUCAAAUACUACGUCUAGUAAUGGUGGCAGCAAUCAUCAUCAUCAUCAUCAUCAUACGUCGCACCACCUGGAGGAUGUAUUGUCCGAAGAACCUUAUCUGCAACAUCAAAUUCGCGCUGGCGGAGCUCCCCCGACUGGCGGUGGUUCUCCAUCGGUGAGGACCGUCGGUGGCUCUCCGACCUCCAGCCAUAGUCCGCACGAUGAUCAGGGUCUCUCAUCGCCACAUCGCCAAGCCCAGGAGACCGGUUACAGUCCCACUGAUCAGGGCAGAUUGCAAUCUUUUACGCACCUUACGGCUAUGCAACCACCGCCAUCGGUGCAAACCAAUCACGGAUUGCAGGAAGCCGAGCGUGUAUCCGAUCAGCUGUACAUUGACUCGAUCUACACGCAUCACACCGCUGGUACUCCUCAUCACCAUCAGGACCAACACGAUCAAGGCCCCUCCGCGCCGCAUUCGCCCAGUGGUCCGCUCUCCAGUUCCUCGUUGUAUCGACCGAUGAGUGGCGUGGGUGCGAUGGGUACUGUGGCUGGAACCGGAGGGACCUAUACCCUUCCUUACAUGACGAGCAGCCCCACUGAGCUAACGUCGUCGCCUCAACUUUGGAACGCUCAGGGUCUGAGCGGACUGUCCAUACCUGAAGAUUACGGCAGCAAAUCUUCGGGUACUGUAUCCCAUCAAUCUCUACCGGCGUUUUCGCAAACACCUUUCGGUGCUCGGUCGAGUUUCCGUGGUUACAGUCCACCGUAUUCGUCCUCUCAACAGAAUACCACUGGGAACGCCGCUGUCUCCGCCGAAGCAGCUUCUUGGACGUAUGCAUCACCUACAACUGACGCUUUAACGACACAAUAUGGCACACCGUCGAGACGGCAGACUGUUAAUCCAGCAACAGCACCGACGCAAAUCAGUGCCGCCGCAAGUUUGACUGCAAUGCACAACAUCGAAGCAGAGUACUUUACGGAGGGCCGCGAGUGCGUGAAUUGCGGCGCGAUUUCCACACCCUUAUGGCGUAGAGAUGGUACCGGGCAUUACCUCUGCAACGCAUGCGGUCUCUACCAUAAGAUGAACGGAAUGAAUCGUCCAUUAGUUAAACAACCACGUCGCUUGUCUGCCACGAGACGCGUUGGUCUCUCUUGCAGCAACUGUGAAACUACGAUGACGUCUCUAUGGCGUCGUAAUGCACACGGUGAACCGGUGUGCAAUGCCUGCGGUCUUUAUUACAAGUUGCAUGGCGUCAACAGGCCGUCGACUAUGAAGAAAGACAGCAUUCAAACGCGCAAGCGGAAACCUAAGGGUGGAAUGAAAAGCAGCGAUACACCUCUUUCUGGCAAUGUUGCGCAAUGCACAAACAAUAAUAACAACAAUAACAAUAGCGUUAAACUUGAACCAGAUACCUACAACGAUUUGAGGAUGGCUCAUACCGGCGUGUCGCAAAUGACAUAUCCAAGCAAUCUUUACGGGAGUUCUCAAUCUUCAAGCAGGCUAGUGCCCUAUCAACCUGUAUAUUACGAUCUGAUCACUUCGCAGCAACAGCAACAGCAACUGCUAGAGACCCAUUCACCGAAGAUCGAAUGUCCAUCUCCACCUUGCACAACACGCUCACCUGGAAUGGUCUCAGCUGGCCAAUCGCCUGAUCAUCAUCAACUCACUUCGCCACAUAUCGUCACUCUAGGCAGUCCGUCGACCAGUCCAGCUGGAUCUAAAAUUAUACUGGACAAUGGUCACCUCGAGAGAUCUACGGUUGUGUCGAUAUCAUCCUAAACACAGUCUGGAAAAAUGUCGGAUUGUUAAGGCAGGCAACAAAUAAAAAAAUUGUAGCCAAGUAAUUAAGUGCCUGUCAAGCAAAAGACCUGGGUUCGAUUCCCGCUUUUUACUUUUUAACCAGCGAGACAUACAAUCUCGUUGAUCUUACUUUCCUGCGCGCAUUGUGAUACGCAAAAAUUAAAAGUUAUAUCUUUUAAAAAUGUGUGAAAAUAUGAUAGCAGCGCUGUUGUAAAUAAGAGUUUUAGGAUGUUU